AUGAUUCUUCCAGCGAUUGCGAUGCUUGCGGUGAUGCCGGCGGUGAUGGGCCAGACGGUGGCGCUGUGGGGACAGUGUGGUGGCUCUGGAUAUACUGGCGCUACAACGUGUGCCAGUGGCUCGACCUGUGUUGCGCAGAACGAGUGGUACAGCCAGUGCAUCACCAGUACUACUAGUACUGCCUCGACGACGUCGGCCACUACUCUGAAAACAUCAACGUCCACCACUACGCUGAAGACAUCAACCACCACAACCUCCACCGCGAGCACUUCUUCUGCUACCGGCGGUGUAAAAUACAUCUUCAGCUUCGGCGACUCCUACUCCGCAACUGGCUUUUGGGUCGGCGGCACCGCCCCCAGCGCCUCCAACCCCCUGGGUAACCCCACCUUCCCAGGCUCCACCACCUCCGGCGGCGCCAACUGGGUCGGCUACCUCGUGACCGAGUUCAACCCCACCACCGCGCUCAGCUACAACUUUGCCUCCAGCGGCGCGGCCGUCAACAACUCUAUCGUCUCGUCCUGGGGCACACCGCUCACCACCCAGGUCGCGACCUUCUUGCAGUACCUCGGCACCGGUGGGCCGUGGAGUAGUGACGACUCCGUUUUUGUCUUCUGGAUUGGCAUCAACGAUAUUUGGAACUCGUACGCUUUGGACGUGGACCAGGCCGCGCUGCAUGCGAAGCUUAUGGAUGAGAUCUUUAAACUCGUGCAGCAGCUGUAUGACGUUGGUGCUAGGAAGUUUAUGUUUAUGAGUGUUCCACCGGUCGAAAAGACGCCCUCGCAGCUCGUCUACAGCGCCGCCGUCCGCGCCAACGAAGUCGUCCAGAUCGCCGACUACAACAGCCAGCUCGUGUCCCGCGCCGCGACAUGGAAGGCAGGCAAGACGGGCACGACAGUGUGGCAGUUUGACACCCAGCCGGCGUUCAACCAGGUGAUUUCGAACCCGGCGGCGUAUGGGUAUGUGGAUGCGACCACCGUCUGCCAGACGAGUACGUGCAUGUGGUAUGAUACGUUUCACCCGUCGUCGGCGUUACAUAAGGUGGUGGCGGAGCAGGUUGCGGCGGCGUUGGAUAGUGGGUUUUGGUAG